CACGAACAAAUCAAGACUGACUGCAAGAGAAACAAACAAUCGCAGUCACUACCUGAAUAGAUUCCCCUCCAACCGCGUCACCAUCUGAUUCCCGCACGCCGCCGGCUGCUUCCACCCCACCAUCAUGCCGCCUUACUCGACGCUGCAGAAGCAACAAAUAGCGCAGUUUAUCAAUUUCACGCAGGCAAAGGAUACAGCCGCUGCAAAGUUCCUGAAAGCAGCAAGAUGGGAUCUUGAAGAAGCGAUUAAUACAUACUUCCAAAGCCCCUCCGGCGCCGGAGGCAGCACCAAUGCCAUCAACAAAAUCUUCGACAGCUACAGAGACUCCCCCGACGACAACCCCGACGGCAUCGGCAUCGAAGGCGUCAUGCGCUACCUAGGCGACAUCUCCGUCCAACUGGACGAAGUAACCUGCCUCGCGAUUGCCGAGCUCGUCAAGUCCCCCUCAAUGGGCGAAUUUACGCGCGAGGGAUUUCUGACCGGAUGGCGAGCUGUAGGCGCCGAAACCCUCCCUAAAAUGACCACCCACGCGGCCGAACUCCGCGCGCGCCUCCCGAUCCAACCGGACCUCUUCCGGCGGGUAUACCGGUACACCUUCCUGCUGUGCCGGAUGCAAGGGCAACGCAACCUGCAGUUCGAGAUCGCGGCGGAGCAGUGGCGGCUGUUCUUCACACCGGACAACGGCGGGGUGGCGUGGAACACGCCGACGACGCCGUGGCUGGACUGGUGGAUUGAGUUCCUUGAGGGGAAGGGCAAGCGGCCGGUCAACAAGGAUCUGUGGGAGCAGGUGGAGGUGUUUAUGCGGAAGACGGGGGAGGAUGAGGGGAUGGGGUGGUGGAGUGCGGACGGGGCGUGGCCGGGGCUGAUUGAUGAGUUUGUGGAGUUUGUGGGGGGGAAGAGGGGUGGGAAUGGGAAUGAGAUGGAGGUGGAGUAG